AAUUAUGGGAAGCAUGUUGGAUCAAUUCUAAAACCUUUGAUCAAUAUGUAGACGAAUUAAAAAAUAAACCAAAUGAUACAUUUGCGCUAAUGUCUCGAGGAAAAGCUUACUUAAUUGCAGGAAGGUACAAAGAAGCAUGUGAAGAUUUAACUGGAUUAAUUGGAUUUCGAAAAGGAGAAAAAGGAGAAGAUGAAAAGGACGGGGAAGAUGAGAACGAGGAAGGAGAGAAAGAAGAAGAAAUUAUUAACUUAAAGAAAUU